GCGUCAAUUUAUCAAAUUUCCUUGUCAAGUUCUCACUUUCGUUUCCCGGGCAAUCACGUGCCUUUAUUCAGCUCGUCCGGUACCCUCUGUACGCUAUGGAAGACGACAUUUUACCAACUUUAUACGAUUACUUAACAUUCGAGGGUAUUACGAGCGGCUUAAGUGACGAAACGCCACAAUUUUCAUUAAAUAAAAAACCGAUAAAAUUGUUCAGUGGCGCCCUGCAUUAUUUCCGGGUACAUCCGCGAUAUUGGCGUGAUCGUUUGCGAAAGUACCGCUCGGCCGGUUUGAAUUGUGUGGAAACUUACGUGCCCUGGAACGCGCACGAGCCUGAAGAUGGUCGAUUCGAUUUCGGGCGAAACGUCGAGGAAAACGAGUUGAGUGUCUUUUUGGACCUGGAGGCGUUUCUUAAGUUGGCGCGGGAGGAGGAUCUGUUGGUUAUUUUGAGGCCGGGGCCGUAUAUUUGUGCGGAAUGGGAGUUUGGAGGAUUACCAAGUUGGCUCCUACGUCACAAAGACCUGAAAAUUCGCACCUCUGACUCAAAAUAUAUGUUCUAUGUGAAAAGAUAUUUUAAAAAACUACUCGCCUUAGUUGAGCCUCUACAGUUUACAAAGGGAGGUCCCAUUAUAGCCCUCCAAAUCGAAAAUGAAUAUGGAAAUGUUAAGGAAGAAGGGAAACCUAUUGACACUGCUUACCUUGAAGCACUGAAGCACAUUUAUAGGGAAAAUGGGAUUGUUGAGCUGCUGUUUACUUCUGAUACGCCCAGUAAUGGGUUCCAAGGUACCCUACCGGAUGUGUUGGCCACAGCAAACUUUCAAGAAGAAGCCUCGGUAGAACUGGCUUUACUGAAAGCCCAUCAGCCAAAUAAACCUUUAAUGGUCAUGGAAUACUGGACCGGCUGGUUUGAUCAUUAUACGGAAAAACACCAUGAAAGAACUGUCGGCAAAUUCGAAGCAGUUUUAGAGGACAUACUAAUGUGGAAAUCCAGCUUUAAUUUGUAUAUGAUGCACGGUGGUACCAAUUGGGGAUUUAUGAACGGAGCGAAUAUUUUUGGAACAGGAGACGAUAAUUCUGGUUAUCAACCUGAUACGACCAGCUACGACUAUGACGCCCCACUAUCCGAAAAUGGAGAUUAUACAGACAAGUUCGUUGCCGUUCAAAGAUUAACAGCCGAAUACAAUGAGUUACUAAUCAGGCAGCCGUCACCGCCUCCUGCUACUUUUCGCACUGCUUAUGCGGAUCUAGAUAUAGAAGGCGAACUGAGCCUAGACGACUUAAUAAGUCAAAGUGAGCAUUGCAUUGAAAGCGCAAAACCAAUUUCUAUGGAACACUUGGAUAUAAAUAAUGGCAGCGGUCAGAGUUACGGGUACCUCGUUUAUAGGAAAGAAAACAUUGAUAUUGCCGCGGGUUCUGUAUUAAAAAUCGAAGGGCAUGUCUGUGAUACAGUCGUGGUGCUGAUAAAUGGUAAACUGGUAUCAAAGAUAUUCGAAACCCCCGAGGAUUUAAAUGGUUUUGGUUACUGGAGACAAAAAGAUUCUACUUUAAAUUUGGGAGAUGACAGUUAUACGGGAGCCACUCUGGAUUUGUUAGUGGAGAACUUUGGAAGGGUUAAUUAUGGGAAGUUAUACCAGUUUAAUCAAUUUAAGGGGUUAUGGCAAGGGGAUGUGCUCAUUAACGAUAAAGUAAUCACAGACUGGAAACUGAUUCCGUUAGAAUUUAAGCAAAAGUGGACCAAAUCUUUGAAUAAUUGGCGUCGACCGACUUAUACCACUGGCCCCAGAUUGUACAAAGCCAUUUUGCACAUCAAUGAUGAGCUCAUGGAUACUUAUAUCGAUUUUAAUGGUUGGACCAAAGGUUUCGUCAUUGUUAACGGUUUCGUUUUAUCUCGGUUUUUCAAAGUUGGGCCGCAAAAAACUGGAUAUUUACCAGCUCCGUUUCUGCACAAGGGUCAGAAUGAAGUUAUGAUUUUUGAGCACUUUAGGCCUAAUAAAACUAUUGGGUUUUGUACGGAUCCUCAGUAUGACACUAUUGGGGAUGGAAAAAUUUUAAGGGGUUUAUUGAGUUAAGUAUUUGAGGCUAUUAUUAAUUUACUGCCCAAAAACAGUAUUGUUAAUAUGAAUAUUUAUAGUGUAUAUAAGUUGAAUAUUUAAUUGCUUUUUUCCCAAGGAAAGUAAAUUCAAUGUUUUAGUUAUGUUAUAUAUUUUAAAAAUAAAGCAAAAGGUUUCCUAUA